AUUUUUAGGUUAUCUGAAAAUCGUAUCACUCGCCGAAUGCCGAUUAUAGCGAAAAAAAUUUGGAAAUUUUUCUUCUCCUGCCGUUCGUUUAUUUUUAUUUCCCCUGUCGCUUGAUCGGCUCUUUUCGUGUUUUCCGCAUAUCACUAGCUCGAUAUAAUUUCUACACGUAAACGACUACCAACAUGUCCGUUUUGAUACAGUGCUCAAAGCACAUACGCACCGCGUACAGCCUUAGUCGACAGAGAUUUAGCAACACUCUAAUAUCGAACGCGAACUCGCAUGUUUCCCGUAGGACACUUCAACAAGAGCCCAGCAAUGGAAACACUAAUCCGUUUCACAGUUCCAACAUACUGCCCAACAGAUCCUUCUUUUCGUCGGCCAUUUACAACUCUGCGGCCAACAAAAUUGACGAUUGUAUAAAUAAACUCGAUUCUGACUUGCGGCGAUAUGGUCGCAUAACUAAAAGAGAAAUCGAAGGGGUUCUAAAAGAAAUCACCAGGUCGAGAACAGCUACACCAACACAAUCGUUAAUGAUACUUCGGUGUUGUGGAAAUUUGGUGCCAGAUGAACUCCCUGAAAACCGUACAGCACUCGCUCAAAAAAUUUGGAAAACUAUAAAUGACAUUGGUGUUCCUCUGGAUAUAAGCCAUUACAAUACAUUACUUAAAGUUUAUUUAGAGAAUGAAUUUAAAUUCUCUCCAACAGAAUUUUUAGAAGAUUUGGAAAAAAAAGGUGUUGCACCUAAUCGUGUAACUUUUCAGCAUUUAAUCAACAGUUAUUGUCAGUUUGGUGAUAUAGAUGGUGCAAGUCGUAUUCUAGAGUUUAUGCGAGAUAAACAGUUACCAAUCAAUAGACUAGUUUUUAAUGCUCUUGUCUUGGGUCAUUCACAAAAUGGUGAUAUGGAAAGUGCUGAAGGUAUUUUAAAUAUUAUGAAAGAAUCAAAUCUAGAACCCUUAUCAGAUACAUAUACAUUAUUAGCUUCGGGGUAUGCCAAAAAAGGUGAUAUUACUAAAAUUUUAAACUUGAUAAACAUUUGUGAAAGUAAAGAAAUAAAUCUAAAUAAUAAAGAAUACCUAGAUAUUAUAUAUUCGUUGGCUGUUAAUGGACAUGGUGAUCAAAUUGAUCAAAUUAUUCUUAGAACUGAAAAAACAGUUGGAUACAAUCAAGAUGUCAUUAAUUGUAUAUAUAAAUUAAUAACUGCUGGUAAAGAAGACAUAGCAUUUAAAUUAUUUGAUACAAUGACCAAACCUAUAAAGUCUGAUGGAACAUCUCCACCAAUUGGUCGGUUUUUGAUUGCUCAUCUUACAAAAGUUAAUAGUUCUCUUGAUCAUGUCAUUGGAUUUUGCACAAAAUUGGUGUCUGAAGGUUUAAAUCCUAAAGCAUUCGAAAUAGCUACUGAAAUGGCUUUGAGAAAUGAAUCUGUCAAUUUAGCAUUAGGAAUGUUUGAUUACUUGAAAAAAAAUGAACACACUAUUAAGCAACAUUAUUUUUGGCCAAUUUUAGUUGCUAAAAAUAAUCAAAAUGAUUUGGAAGGAUUAAAAGAAGUUCUGAAGAUUAUGAUUGACGAAUAUGAAUUAAACCCCAACAUUGAUACACUUCGUUAUUACAUCUUACCAUCUAUGUUUAAAAAUGGUUUAAAUGGAAUACAAAUCAUAAACGAUUUACAAUUAGUAGGCAUACCAACAGGCACAAGUACACAUUCAUUAGUUUUGUAUUUAUUGUCUCAGAAAGAUAUUCGCCAGGCUGCAGAUAUUGCUGCAACAAAUAGAGCUUUUUACCUUCCUUCUUUGAUUCGUCGUCCAUUAGUUAACUCAUUUUUAGCUGGUUAUGAUAUAACAUCCUUUGUUGUAAUACUUCAACAAAUAUGCAAUGGUCUUUCACGUUAUAGUCUUUUUACUUCUACUUCUGAUACAGUAAAACAAGAAAACUUCAAAGACACUGAAAAAACAGAAAACCAGAUUAUUGAAAUGCGAGAAUUCAUCAGCCAAGUUGUAAAUGAUGUGGUUAAAAAAUUAAAAGACAAUUCUGGUGCUGUUCAAAUCUUACAGGAAUUAUUUGAGAAUAUGUAUGGAAGAGGUUUAGGAAUUAAUGCUUGUGCAGUAGAACAAAUACAAAAUCAUCUACAAGGAAAGUUAACUUUUGAAUUAUCAAGCUUAUUAGAAAAUCUGUCAGAUUCUAAUUUAAUUCCCAAAGUUGAGCUGAGUGUUAAGCCUGGUGGAUAUACAUUUUCCGCCGUAAAUGAAAGUACUUUGGAAAAAAUUAUUGAGAAAGCAGAAUCCAUGGGUGAAUCUAAAAAUGGUACUAAAAGGCAAUUGCUGAAUUUGUAUUGCAAAAAUAAAAAUUUGGAAAAAGCUAUUGAAUUGAAAAAUAAAUUAAUAGCUGAAGGAUUUAAUAUACCAGAUGGAUCAAUGGUUCUACUUAUUGAUUUAUAUUUAAAUCACAAUAUGUUAGUUGAAGCUAAAGAAAUUUACCAGGAAUUAAAAAAUAAAAAUUCUGAUUUUAUUUUAGAUAAAUAUAAAGUCAUAAAAUUGACUGAAGCAAUAGCCCAAACUGAAAGUAUUGAAAAUGCUAUUAGUUUUCUAUCUUCUGUGAAACAGUUUGAUGAUAAUAACGAAUUUACAUCAUUUCAACAUGCUAAUGCUUGUUGGAAGUUAUUAAAUACUGUAGCUGAAACUGGCAAUGUAGAAAAUGUUCAAAAAAUGUUUGACCUAAUUGUCAACAAUAAUUAUGUCUCUGUAUCCAAUAUACUGCUGGGACCUUUAAUUAAAGUUCACUUGAACAAUGAUGAUGUCAAAGGAGCUUUGGAGAAAUUUGAAUGGUGCUGCAAAACAUAUAGGUGUACUCCAUGGAAAAAUGAAUUAGCAAUAAAAUUCAUUAAAUCUGAAGAUGCUACAUCUUUGCAAGUUUUAACCGAUUUAAGUACUACUGUACAUGGUGAAGUGAAUUCUUUGUAUGAUUUGAUGUUUGCAUUUAUUGAAUGUAAUCGUAUUAAACAAGCUCGUAAAAUAUUAGAGACUCCUGGCUUACGACCUAGACAAGACCGUAUUGAUACAGCUUGUGCUAAAUAUGGAUCUGAGGGUAAAGUAGAACAUAUUAAAAAUUUGCUAGAGGUUACAAGAGAUAAUGUUGCAUUUGAUAGAUCUAAGAUAUUUAACCAACUUCUUGAGAUCUAUAGUAAAGAAAAUAAAGUAGAUGAUGCAAUGGCUCUUUGGACUCAAAUGCAAGAAGAAAAUACCCAACCAUCAGAUCAUUUUAUGUGGAAUUUAAAGGAACUUUUAGAAAACAACAAUCUGGAAGUUCCAUUUACAGUUCAAAAACCAAAAGAAAAAAUGAUAUCUUCUGUUCCUAGUGAUGUUAAAAACAGUUUACAUAAUCAAUUGAAGUCAUCUAUUGAAAAUAAUGAUUUAGAUCAAGCUCUUGUAUUACGUAAAAGUAUUUACUCACGGUCCUCCUCUAUUCAACCAAUUAUUGAAUCUGGACUGAUUGAAUUGUUAACACGUGAAAAUAGAUUGAAUGAAGCAUUUGAAAUUGUUAAAAACAUGUUAGAAAAUGAUAAACCGAUCACAAGAAAUGUAUUAAAUUUCUUGGUAGGAAAACUUUCAGAUGCUGGUAACAUUGCAUGUUUGGAAUAUUUGAAUGGUAAAAUUCCUAAGCAAAUUAACAAUAAAUUGGGGUUGAACAGCAAGAUAUUUAAGGCAUACCAAUCUCAAGGUAAUGUUAACGAUCUACUAGUUCGUUUAGAAACCAGUAUUGAUGAAAACAUUGACAAUGAAAGCAAAUUAUCUGAUAUUAUAAAGAAUAUUCCUGGUGGUAGUUUAGUUAGCUUUCUGAAUUCUGACAAUUCAAUUAUACCAACAAUUGAAAGAUUACAUAACAAAGUAUUGCCACAUGGUUAUAAAUUGUUUGGAAAUAGCUUGUGGUCAUAUUAUAUGUUGAAUAAGGAUUUUGAAAAGGCUAAAGUUUUAGCCAAAGAUUUUGAAAAUGAAAAAUAUAUUCAAUAUCGACAACUAAUAGCAGAUAUACGUUCAAAUCAUAACAUUGAAUUGGGUUACAAGCUCUUGGAAAUAUUUCCAAUUUUUAAAACAAUGAAUCAAAAUAUAAACUCUGGAUUGGUUUAUAGUGCUAUUAUAGACUCAUAUGUUUCUCAAGAAAAUGUUAAUGAAGCUUCCAAAGUGUUGGACACAGCUUUAGAAAAAAUUUCAUUAGAAGACAUAAAUAGUUCAGCUUUGUUCAGACUUAAAAAAACAUUAGAGGCUAGCGGACAAACAUUCAAAUAUAAUAUCGUAUCAAAUAAUUCUAAGAAGACAAAAUUAAAGGAUCCAGAAAUACAUAGCGACUCCAGUGAUUCCAGUGAUUCCAGUGAUGAUGAAAAAGUAGCAAAAGUAUAAACUAUUUGUUUCCAAGUUUAUAUAGUAGUAGAUUUUUCAUUAAUGUGUUGUUGUAUUAUAAUUAUUAUUAUAAUUUAAUUUUUUUUUUUUUAAAUAAAGUAAACAAUUAAAAUUCCUAAAAAUAGUGUACGAAACA